GUUUAUGAUUUAGGAGACCUUUAGGUGAACCUGAGAGCUGAUUGAGAGAAUAGCAUCUAAUCGUUGCAACAGCUACAGAAGGAGAGAGCUUUGCAAGAGAAAUGCUCCCACAGUAGAUGUCUUCAUUUGCAGCAGGACUCAAUUCUUGGUUAAAAGCUAGGUAUUUGGGCUAGUUAAGCGUGACUCUCUCUCGCAUUCCAUAGGGAAUGAGUGGGGCAGUCCUUGCUCCCCACGUCCACCUGCACUUGGUUAGAGAGCAAAAUGCUCACAUGCCACCCCACAAGAUCCCCACAAUGACAUAACUCCAUGCAGAGACUGGCGUGACUGGGCUGGGUUUUCCCCUUUCAGCUCUUGUAUCACUAAGAAUCUGGCAGCCAGUUCCGUCCUGACAGAGUUCACAGCAUAUAUUGGUGGAUUCUUGUCCAUGGUGCAUCUGCUUUAAGAAUUAAGGAAAGCAGUGUCAAGACAGUAAGGAUUCAAAGUAUUUGCCAAAAAUGCAUCUAGGUGUGUUUACUCUCCUCUUGGCAAUCAUUGGUGCCAGGGGCCAGUACUAUGAUUACGAUUUUGCUGUAUCGAUUUAUGGGCUGUCCUCGCCAAACUGUGCCCCAGAAUGUAACUGCCCCGAAAGCUACCCAUCGGCCAUGUACUGCGAUGAGCUGAAAUUGAAAAGUGUGCCGAUGGUGCCUCCUGGAAUCAAGUAUCUUUACCUCAGGAAUAACCAGAUCGACCAUAUUGACGAAAAGGCCUUUGAAAACGUAACUGAUCUGCAGUGGCUCAUUCUGGAUCAUAACCUUCUAGAAAAUUCCAAGAUCAAAGGAAGAAUUUUCUCUAAGCUGAAACAACUGAAGAAGCUGCAUAUCAAUUACAACAACCUGACGGAGUCUGUGGGCCCACUUCCCAAAUCUCUGGUGGACCUGCAGCUUACGCACAACAAGAUCCAGAAGCUUGGUUCCUUCGAUGGACUGGUAAACCUGACUUUUGUCCACCUUCAACACAAUCAACUGAAAGAAGAUGCUGUUUCGGCUGCUUUUAAAGGUCUUAAGUCCCUCGAGUACCUCGACUUGAGCUACAAUCAGAUGUCCAAACUGCCUUCGGGUCUCCCAGCAUCUCUUCUGACUCUCUACUUGGACAACAAUAAGAUCAGCAACAUCCCUGAUGAGUAUUUCAAGCGUUUUAAUGGACUGCAGUAUCUACGUCUAUCUCAUAAUGAACUGGCUGAUAGUGGAGUACCUGGAAAUUCUUUUAACGUAUCAUCCCUGCUUGAGCUGGAUCUCUCCUAUAAUAAGCUUAAAAAUAUACCAACCGUCAAUGAGAACCUUGAAAACUAUUACCUGGAGGUCAACGAACUUGAAAAGUUUGAAGUAAAGAGCUUCUGUAAGAUCCUGGGACCAUUAUCUUACUCCAAGAUCAAGCAUUUACGUCUGGAUGGCAACCGUCUUACCCACACCAGUCUGCCACCUGAUAUGUACGAAUGUCUACGUGUAGCAAAUGAAAUCACCGUUAAUUAAUAUCUACUAAUUCUGAUUCUAUUGAGGUGUACCCUGGAGUAACAUUUUAUGGUUAUGUUUUGUGUGUGUGUCAAUUUUCACAGUACUCAUUUUUUUGUCACUGUUUAUUACUUCCAUGAAUUCCAAAUUCUGAGGGAAAUGUUUUGUAAACAUUUUACUACUUUUUUUUUUUUAAACAAAAGAUGAAAGGCAGGCCUAUUUCAUCACAAGCACAGACAUAGACACACACAGAGACAACAAACUUAGUGCUUUAUUUGUAAAUUUAGUGUUUUCUACAUCUCUACUGUCAAAUGAUGUGCAAAGUCUUCUACUCAUUGAAUGGAAGUCAGCCGAGUAUUAUAAUUCCUAAAUCUUAACUUAAUGUGCCAAAAAGCAUGGGCUACACACGUAAGGAUGUUCACUGUCUUGAAUCAAAUGAUCUCAAAUUUAUGUUCAGAUUUGUUUAGCCGAAAAAUGGGUGGCAAAUUUUGAGACCAAUGAUUUUGCAAAAUACUAGACCAAAUUCACGAAGCCACAUACACUUAGAGCAAUAUUUUUAGCAUUAAGAAUUUAUAUACUUACCUAGCAAAACUUUUCUUUUCUAGAAUUAUUUUUCACUCUAAAUCACGUGUAUGUUCCUUUUUAAUCAUUUGCAUGUUAUGUUUAACAAGCUCAUAGCAAAAUAAAACAUAGCAAAUG